AUGGAUCCUUUUCCCCUAAACUCUCCCGGCUUUGUUAACAUGCUUACUUCCCAGACCACUCAGCCAAUAGAAAUAGGAUCUUCUGAGGUUCCUAAACCUCCGGAAAGGAGGAAGUGGACAACCAAAGAAGAUUUGGUGUUGAUCAGUGCUUGGUUGAACACCAGCAAGGAUCCAAUAACCAGUAAUGAGCAGAAGCUAGGAGCAUUUUGGAAGAGAAUAGAGGAGUACCUGAAUGCUAGCCCUCUGCUCGUUGGCUCUAUUCCUAGGGAGUGGAGUCAAUGUAAGCAGAGGUGGGGAAGGAUUAAUGAGCAGGUGUGUAAGUUCGUGGGAUGUCAUGAAGCUGCUCUGAAGGAGCAGGCGAGUGGACAUAAUGAGAAUGAUGUCAUGAAGGUGGCUCAUGACAUCUUCUUUAAUGACUACAAAGCCAAGUUCAUUCUUGAACAUUGUUGGAGGGAGCUUCGGUUUGAUCAAAAAUGGAGAUCACACAGUCUGACAUCAAAUGGUGCAAAGGAGAAAAGGAAGGAAACUGCGGAUGAGGUCACGGGUUCAAGGAGGAGGAUGCGUGGAUGGUUGCAGGUCUCUGUUUCUUUAUGUAUCAAAUCAAGUCACGGGUGGUAA